CGGGCAGGUAUUUCCACCCUCCACGGCUGCCCCAGGGCAGGGCCGGCCGGGCUGCCUGCGCUGCCAGAUGCUUUCCCCUAGGGGUCGGUGUGAGCGAGGGCUCGGCAGCAGGAUGCGGCGAGCGGCGGCACCGGAGUGAGGGAGCCGCACUCGCAGCCCAGGGGCAGCGGCGUGGGCAGCGCGGAUCGCUGGCUCCCGACCUUCCUGGGGCACAGGCAGCCCGGCUGCUGGCGGGCGAGAGGCGGUGGGUCCCUCGGCCCAGCGGGGCCGCUUUGGAAGCGGAUCAGGAGUUGGAGGCAAACUCCUGUGAGCGGCCGCCGCGGGGACGGACAGAUGUGAAGGAAAAUCCCGCCGCUCCGGGUCCGGAAUGAGUCCUUCUCCGAAGGAGGCUUGGGUGCCACUCUGCUUUCUCCACACCGACGUUUCCACUUGAUCCAGCGCUCCCGUCUGCCCCCCACUCUCAGCUUCCUUCCAGAGGGGCUGCCUAUGCACCUUGAGCCCAGCAGAGCGAGGGGGCCAUCAUGCUGAUAAAGGAGUAUAGGAUCUGCAUGCCACUCACCACUGAAGAGUACCGCGUUGGACAGCUCUACAUGAUCAGUAAGCACAGUCACCAGGAGAGCGAAAAAGGCGAGGGUGUGGAAGUGGUGAAAAAUGAGCCGCAUGAAGACCCUGUCCACGGGCCCGGCCAGUUCACCGAGAAACGUGUGCACCUGUCCAGCAAGCUGCCCAGCUGGGCCCGCGCGGUGACCCCCCGGAUAUUCUACAUCACAGAGAAGGCCUGGAACUAUUACCCCUACACCAUUACGGAGUACACGUGCUCCUUCCUGCCAAAGUUCUCCAUUUACAUUGAGACCAAGUACGAGGAUAACUGUGGAGACAACGCGAAUAUCUUCCUCAGUGACAAAAUCCUGGGCGAUCAUGAGGUCACGUUCCUGGACAUCGCCUUUGACGAGAUUCCUGAGCGCUAUUACCAGAGCCCAGAGGACCCACGGUACUUCAGCUCGGUGAAGACGGGCCGGGGGCCCCUGAGAGAAGGCUGGCAGGAGCACACCAAGCCCAUCAUGUGCUCCUACAAACUGGUCACAGUUAAGUUCGAGGUGUGGGGGCUGCAGACACGAGUGGAGCAGUUUGUCCACAAGGUGAUCCGGGACAUCCUGUUGAUAGGACACCGGCAGGCCUUCGCCUGGAUAGACGAGUGGUGCGAGAUGACGAUGGACGAGGUGCGUCAGUAUGAGAGGGAAACUCAGGAAGCCACCAACGAGAUCAUCGGCAGGGUAACGCCCUCCAUUUCCAUCAGCGAGGUGGGGCAGCCCUCAGCCACUCACAGCGCCCCUGCCAGUGCCCCCUCCACGCCACUGAGCGGCGACCCCCCAGAAUUCCUCAGCGCACCCAAGGACAGGGCCCGGAAGAAAUCCGCUCCGGAAAUGCUGACGCUGCCAGCACUGAGGGAGCGCGCCAAUGCUGAGUAAUAGCUACCCUUGGGCCAAGCCCAUCGGACGGACGCAGAGCCCCGAUUCCUUCCCCCCAUGACUUGGGGACAACGCCACCCACCUAACCUGCCUUGAGACGCCUAAACUCUACUGUUGUCCUUCAGAAUGUCGUUCCCUCCCUCCCCAAUAAAAGAGACCCCAGAUCGGUUCCAGCGCCGGACGGCGGAAGCCCCGUUGUGAGGUUGCAGACUUCCCUGCUGUCCUAGAUGGCCUGAGGCUGCCGUCUCCCUACUCCCCUGUGGUCGUCUCUCUCUUCUCAGCAUUCCAGUGCGGGCUCUGCUUUUCCAGCCAUCAACUCAGGGAGGGCUCCUGGUCCAGCCAGCACAUUGGUGCUGCUUCUUGAGGGAGAUGCGCUGCACCAGACCAUGUCGGCGGCGCUGCUCAGCCACCCCUCAUCUGUCCUGGGGGGUGAUGCUCCUCCAAGCACCCUCUGCUGGAGCCAGGCUGGGGAAGGAAACCGACACGCCAACCUCUCCCUAAUGAAGUCGGAAGCACCUUAGAAACGACAGUGGAUUCUUCUUAUUAGCAACCUCUUGGUUGCCAUUAUCUGGAAGUUAUCAAUGAGCAGGAGGCAGGUGCUGCUAGGGAAAGAAGUGCUGGGAUAUGCUGAGCAGGGUCCUCGGUGCCAGGGCAGGACACGGCCUGGAGAGCGCAUGGAAAGGUACCUUGCGACCCCAGCGCUUCCUUCCUGUGCAGCCCUGCAAACCUGCCUGCAGCCGUGGCCAAGCUGUCAGUAAGCAGCAGGCCAUUGGCAGUGUGGGAAUCCCAUUAACAUUACAGGGGGCAGGAUCAGCUGGCUAAACACUACUAUUAACCAGAAGUUGUUAGCAUCAGGAUUGCUUGUAAGUGGAAUCUACGAUAUCCAUAAAAACUGCCAGGCAUUGGCUGCCCCUGGUCCCCAUUGGGACCUGCCAGGACUUUUAGCUGAUGUCCCUGCCUCCUCCCGUGAUUUCCGGCUGCACGCCUGGCUUCCAUGUAAAACAGUGGCCCCAACCAUCCACCUAACCUCACUGUACAGUCUCCUCCCAGCUGCAAAGCCAUGGUGAGGGCACCUGCUUCCUUUCCAGGCUAAAUAGGAGAGCCAGGUAUUGGACUGAAGAGAGGCGCUGCCGACAGCCCUAUCCAGACUGCUUUGGGGACAAUCCCCUGCAGCCAGAUGAGAUUCCUCAGGGCACUGGUGAAGAGCCAGGCCGGGGCCUUGUCUAUGCUAGGGACAGUUUCCUACCUGUUGCUAGCCCUGGUUCUCCGGCACUAGCUAUGUUAGGAGCCCCAGUGUAGAAAAGGCCCCACCAGAUUGUACGCCCGCUCUGAGUAGGGGGUUAUGCGACACGGGCCUGAUUAUCAUUUACACUCAGGGCCCCACCCUCUGCCCUCUCAGUAGUUCAAAGCAGCUAUGGUGUGCAUUGGCGCUGGCAGACAGCAAGCCGGCUUUGCCAGGCCCCGGUGUUGCUAAGCGGUGGGUAUGCCUCAAUGUUAGGAAUGGGAUGGGGAGCUUCAGCCUUUGUCUCUAGUGUAGACAGGUCCCUGAAGCCUGAAUUGCUGCUCUUCGCAUUGCUGCUUCUGCUGUCCCAACUGAGCUGCCCCGUGUCUGUAAGCCCUGCCAGGGGAAGGUCAGGGAGGGCCCAGCCUGGUGCCCUUUCCUUUCACCAGUCCCCUCUGGUGACACUGGCAAGAAUGGAGCCCGUCACUCCUGACCACCCCGCCUUUCAGCCAAGCAGUGUUCUCUCCGUUGGUGCCUUCAGGAGUAGGACUAUCGCCACGCAUGCUUCCUGGUGCCCUUGUGGGCCCUCGGCGAGGCUGGUGUGCACCACUCCCCCUCCCUCCAUGCACCAUGUUACCAUCUGUUCCGACUGCGCCUCAGUCACCUCAGACUUCAGCAGCCUUGAAACUGCCUCUUGCUAAUCCAGCUCCCUGCUGGAGUAGGGUCUUAUUGCCAGCUGAGCCCCAGGAGCUGCCAUGCAGGACCUAAGGGAUGCUGGAAAUGUGCAGACUCUGGGAACAGGGGUGUCAACCACCAACUGUCACAGCCAUAAGGCUGGUUUUGAACCGCCCAUACUAAGCACACGUUGAAUUGCACUUAUUCCUAAACAGGAAUCUCCCCAACUCCCUCCCCUCUGCUAGGGCCUCCUGGCUGGUCUCUGUUUGUCUGGGUUGUAAUUAUCCAUGCUACGAAUCGUGUCCCAGACCAGCAGAAAUGAAAUAGCCAGUGUCUGCUUCAAGAAAGUGCAUGGGCCUGCUGCAGGAAUAGGGAUGGUCUAAGCCAAGGUGACCCUGAGCAACAAGGCCCUGGUCCCGUGAGGAGCCGAGCACCUCUUCCGUAGCUCUGUGUGCCUUCCGUUGAGGUUUAGGGGCCUCAGCAGCAAGCAGGGUCAAGCUUGUAGUCUUUUACAUGAGGCCACUGGAAGAGUAGAUUGGCUCUUGCUUGGGAUUCAUAGUUGCCAGCUGAGAAGCACUGGGACGUGAUGGGAGGAGGCUGGGUUUGGAGAUGCACCCACAUGUUUGGAUGUUUUUCCCAACCUUCUACAAACUAUCCCAAACUCUUGAGUCUGCAAAACUGGGCUGGGAUUUGAUGGGAACAGGGUCUCGUGGCAUUUUGUCACCCCUGGAAGCUACGUGAAAAUGGGGAACAUUAACCAAGCAUUUUGGAUAAGUUGAGUUUGAGAUGAAGGUUUGGGUUUAUUUUUAAUUUGAUCUAGGCUGGUUUGUCCGCCCCAUGGGCAGUGCAAAGGGCUGAUGCAGUUGUGCAGAAAAUCCAUUCACUGCCUGGCAGCGCUGAAUGCAAUGGAAGGAAGUGUUUUUAUAUGUGCUAUAGAAGGUUGGAUAUUAGAGAUGGGCUAGACCCAGAGACUCCAAUUCAAACCCUUCCCAAGGGUGAGGAGUUGGAUUUGAAUCCUCCGAGUGUGGUUCAGGUUCUGGAUCAAAUCCAGAAUUGGGAGGGAUCUAUUUGCUGCUUCCAGGAAGCAGCUGAAAUCUCACAAAGCCACAUGGCAAGAUUUUUGCACCCUCGGAUUUACACUGAAGACCAGAAUUCCAAGUCAGAGCCUUGCUCCGUAGGAUCUGAGUCCAUCUCUGGGGUAGAUCAUUAUCCCUGGUUGGAUGGAUUUUACAAAGCCCCCUCUGGUGUCACUGAGUUUUAUGUACCUCGCUCAAGUUUUGUGUAGUAUGGACUAAGCCUUUUAAUGUGUCUGGUGCUUCCUGGGUCUCAGGGCCUUGUGCGGCUGGGAUUUGGUCUGUGUUUCGCCCAGAUACAACAUUCCAGUCUGGACUUCUCUGCUUUGUGUCUUUAAUUGUGAGCCCUCGCAGGCUCGCGCUUUGUGCCAAAUUCCAAGGCCAUGUGUUGGUGCCCGUGGAAAGUGUGUGCGUGAACAUAUGGGUGUGUGGACCGCUGGCCUCACGUAGCCAUGAGAGUGUGUUCCCACUGCAGCGAACGCGGAGGUGUUUGGGCUGCUCCCGUUUUGGUCCCCAGAGGCCCUGGGCUGGAGUUCUGUCUCUCGUGGGUGGCCCGGGGCCUUGGCUUCCUGAGGUGCCACCUGGGCAAGUGUGUAGUAGCUGGCAAUGGCAGGGGCUCUGCAGGGAGCACACAGGAGACUGGCUCUUGAUUGGUGCCCUCUGAGCGAGUGCCGACCAUCAUGCACGGCGGCCGGAGGCCAGUGCUGAAGCUGAAGGGCCGUUCUCUUAUAAAUAGCACCUGGCCAUGGGUGUCUGUCGAAGAGCCACUCCCCCUACUCCUCCACCCCAUUCCCAUUCUGCGUCCAUGGGUUGUGUUUGUGCAGAGCCCCUGCCUCCCUGCACUUUCAAUGGGGCUAGGGCUGCAGCUGCCAGCCUGUAAAUAGGGAUUUGCUGAAGACAAAACCCAAAUGUGAGGCGGGAGGGUCUGCAUCACAGUGGGGUCUGGGGGAUUGGCGGGAAUGUAUCUUGCAUGCAAGUGUCAUGAUGUAGCAUUCCCCACCCCUUGUCUGGCUUCCUACCCUCCCCGCCCAGCUCCCAACUACUCUCACCCCCUUCCUCCCUGCCCCGUGCCCCGUCCUCUUACACCCUCACUAAUUUCUUUCUCUUCCACCCCCUCCCCUGUCCCCCCCAGGCAGCCAGGGCACUGGGUGUCUGUGGGC